GAGAGAGAACGAAAGCGGUUCUUGGAAAAGUUGGAAAAGGGGUUAUGUUUCAUAUCUAAAUGUGUAAACAAACCUGGAAUGUUAGUACUAACUUUUCCAAAGUUAACUUUGUGCUAACGAUUUGUGAACAAGAGAAAUUCAGAAUAGUUUAGUAUAAACGCUAGAAAUGGAUGAAGACCAACCUUCCUGUUCAUCCACGGGCCCAAAACCGAAGAAAAUCAAAAAGAAGGCAAGAAGCGAGCAACACAGUCCAACUACUUCAUCCAAUUCCAAUUCAAGCCCAAUUAAUAGAAGUCCUGGCGAAAAGGAAUGUCAGUAUUAUGCAGGCGUAGGGCCAGAUAGCACACAACUAUAUGCUAAAGAAGUUAAUUGCGACGAUAUCUCAGAUGACGCAUGCAAUCUACUUACAGAAGAUAUUAAUUAUAAAUUAAGAUACAUUUUACACGAUUGCUUAAUUAAAGGUAAGCUACAAGGCCGAGAAAAUAUUCUUUCGAGUGACGUUGAAGAGGCGUUUUCCGACUUAACCAUUGAUAAAGUAUAUGGAGCGCCUUCUUCGCCAAAUUGGCAAAGGGAUGGUCGCGAUAAUCGAUUGCACUAUCUAGAGGACCAGAAGAUUAAUUUUAUUGAAAUUGCCGAAAAAGAGUUUAGAUAUAGUCAAGAAGGCGAAUUUUUGACGGAUUCAGAGUGGUUGAAUCAGGACAAUGAAUCGGAAACUGAUAUGGAGGAAUACAGAGAAUUAUUUGCUGAGUAUUUUCAAACAAUGUGUGAAGCGGUUGUUAGUGAAAGUGAAGAAAUAAGACAGAUGGCUUUACUGGAUAUAAGCACGAACCCCAAUAUCGGUCGAAUUACCGAUUGGUUUUAUCAUUUUUCAUACUUUCUACUUACGAAAAACGUAACUUAUGACCAUUUAACGAUGCGUGCGCUUCAUUUACUGGAGACUUUGGAAAAUAGCCCUCUAUCUAGUAUGCACGUGUACGGGAAGCAAUUGAGAUUGCUGAUAAGACUAUUACUUCAGCGACUGUUAAUAUCAAGCGCCAACGAAGAUGUCAUUAAAUGCAUGUGCUACGUUUUGUCCUUAUUUUGCCUCCGACCACCACUUAAGAGGAUGGUGUUGAGAAAACUCCAAGGAAAAAUAGUUAGUGUGGAAGAAAAUAUGACGGUGGCAUUUCUGAACAUCAUCUAUUAUGUUGGCAUUGAUGCUAUUAAGACCGUUUUUUUGCCGAAUUUGUUCCACUUUUUGAACAUGGAAAAGCACAACCCUGAUUUAACAGACGUGAUAAUGGCCAUAUAUGGUGUAAUAUGCAAAGCCGAUUUGAACAAAAAAUUCACGUAUUAUGCCUUCAAGGAAUCUUUUGGGUGCAUAUUAGUGCCUUACUACCGUCCAAAGCUUUUAAAACCAGAGGUGGAAAAGCUAGAAAUUAGUACGGUAAGUGCGAAAGUAAGGCUGAUGCGAACCAGACGGAAACUACAAUGCAGCAACAGGAUUUCUGAACAUAAGGAUGACCAAGUUUUUCAAUAUGCGUUACACAAUUGUGCUGUAAACCGGCCAAAUGUUCAAGGUAGCACAACAGAAUCAGCCUUUUCACAUGGACAAGGAGUAAAUGGUUUUAAACUAUUGGCUCCAUGUUGCGCUCUUCGAAGAAAAAUCGAAAUUAGUAACCAACAACACCAGACGGGUCAAACUAGUAAGGAUACUAAAGUAACAGUUGGUCAGAUAAGUGCGUUACUACCCAUACGGAAAUUUGACGCUCCAAAGUUUUGCAAAGACCAUUCGUUGCUAAGCUGUUGGCUGUAAUAAACAUUAAAUAUUAUUAUUAUUAAAUAUUAUUUUGAUAUCAAUAAAA